GCCUUCGACUAGCCAUCCUGCCGACUUGCUGUUGCUGAGCAGCGGCAGCAGGCGGAAAGCAGCAGGCGGUGCCGAGGAGGAGUGGAGACGGUCCGGAGGUGAGAAGCAGCCCGCUCGCGGGAGACAAAAACAAAAACAAAAACAAAAAAACGUCUUUAAGGCAGCCUCAAGGGGAAUACAGGUCGAUUUUGGGAAGCGUGAAUACGGGCUUGUUGGUAGUUAGUGGAUGGCUGCGACGGGGAGCUAGCUGGGACUGUCCGCCGCGCUGCUCUCUUCACCCCCACUCCCCACGGGGCCCCCGACCAGCCGCUCGGAUCCCAGCCCGACGCCCCCUCUCGCUCGUCGCCCCUCUUCAUUCCGAGCAUGGCGGCGCUCCUCCGGGCUAGGGCCAUUUACGACUUCAACUCGGAGAACCCCGGCGAGGUGUCUGUGCGCGAGAACGAAAUCAUAAGUUUGCACAGUGAGCAAGACAUCGAGGGGUGGCUGGAGGGCACCAACAGCAAAGGCGAGAGGGGCCUCUUCCCCGCGUCCUACGUGGAGGUCCUGCGGGGGGACAGCAACGACGCGCAUCCGGAGUCCCGCUACGCCAACGUGCCAUCCACAGGGAGGGCGGACAAUGCAUUCCCACCCCCUGCACAGCUGCAACACACCUACCCGCAAGCCAGUGACGACGACUGGGAUGACGACUGGGAUGACAGUUCCACAGCCGCGGACGAGCCAGGCACCGUGGGAAGCCGGUAUGGGGACUUUGAGGGCAACGGGUCGUCCACCUACACGCUGUCGACAUCGUCAAUGGCGAGGGGACAGCAUCCCAAGAGCUCGGCGACAGUCAGCCGGAACCUGAACCGGUUCUCCACUUUCGUCAAGUCCGGAGGUGAGGCCUUCGUGCUGGGCGAGGCGGCAGGUUUCGUGAAGGACGGGGAUAAGAUUUGCGUGGUGAUGGGCCAGCACGGUCCCGAGUGGCAGGAGAACCCGUACCCGUUCACCUGCACCAUAGACGACCCCACCAAACAGACUAAAUUCAAAGGCAUGAAGAGCUACAUGUCGUAUAAGCUGACGCCCACGCACACCCAGGAGCAGGUGAACCGGCGCUACAAGCACUUCGACUGGCUGUACACACGCCUGGUGGAAAAGUUCCCUGUCAUCUCGGUGCCCCACAUCCCCGAGAAGCAGGCCACGGGCCGCUUCGAGGAGGACUUCAUCUCCAAGAGGCGCAAGGGCCUCAUUUGGUGGAUGAACCACAUGACCAGCCACCCGGUCUUGGCCCGCUGCGAUGUCUUCCAGCACUUCCUCACGUGCAGCACCACAGACGAGAAGGCCUGGAAAAUGGGGAAGAGGAAGGCGGAGAAGGACGAGAUGGUUGGCGCCAACUUCUUCCUCACCAUCAGCACGCCGCCAGCCCCGCUCGACUUCCAGGAGGUGGAGAGCAAGAUCGACGGUUUCAAGGCCUUCACCAAGAGGAUGGACGACGGCACCCUGCAGCUCAACGCCACCGCCGGCGAGUUUGCGCGCAAGCAAAUGAGCGGCUUCCGGAAGGAGUACCACAAGAUGGGCGUCUCCUUCAAAGUCCUCGGCCAGGCUUUCGAAAUGGACCAGCAGGUCUACUCGGCCGGACUCAACCAGGCCAUCUCCUUCACGGGCGACGCAUUUCAAUCCAUUGGGGACUAUUUCGCAGAGCAGCCCAACAAGGAUCUGGACCCCAUCAUGGACCUGUUAGCGCUAUAUCAGGGACACCUGGCCAACUACCCGGACAUCAUCCAUGUCCAGAAAGGCGCUCUGACCAAAGUGAAGGAGAGCCAGCGUCACGUGGAGGAGGGCAAGAUGGAGGCGGCGCAGGCGGAGGGCAUCACGGAGCGCUGCAACAUCAUCUCCUGCGCCACGCUGGCCGAGAUCCAGCACUUCCACCAAAUCCGCGUGCGCGACUUCCGGGCGCAGAUGCAGCACUUCCUGACGCAGCAGAUGGAGUUCUUCCGCAAGAUCACUGGCACGCUGGAGGAGGCGCUGCACAAGUACGACAACGCGUAGCCAGAAACCAGGCUCCGUGUGAUACUAUUAACUGUAAAGGCCAGACGGUCGCACUACUGACCAUCUCAGAGGGACUUCCAAGAGGGAAUUCCGAGGCUGGGAGGAGCAAUGAGUUCAGGAAAAACAGGGGUGUCCAAAAUACGGCCCGUGGGGCAAAUGGGCCAUCCAUUUUUUACACGCCCGCCGCAUAUUUGACAUGGCUAAAAAAGUUCUUUUGAAAAAACGUGAGGAUGCCCCUUACAACUUAUCUGACCACGACUAUAGUAUUAUUAUUGAUGGGAAGAAACACAUCUUUUCAAGAUACACAAAGCAACUGCAGUGGUAUCUUGACCUACAAGUUGAAAUCAUUACGCGGCCACAUUCAUAAAUCAAAUCCCUCAUAUCUUAAAUGAACACAAUGAAAUGAUUCAAAAUGCCACAAAUCCAUUUCAGCCCCAAAAAAUAAAUCACCAUUAUAACAUACUUAAAUAGAAUGUAAAGAUUUAAACAAUUAUUGACUCAUAAUUUUAUGUCUUCAUUCAAUAGACAUUGUGCUGAGCCUUCUAAUGUGUGCACAUUGGCCAUCAGUGGGCGGUAUGAAACAUAGAUUAGUAGAAACGCAGAAAGAAGACUGUCACAUCUAAACUGCAUUUUUCACACGUAUGCAUCUCGAGAGACGUGCAUCACUUGCUUUUCAGGAUCCCCCCCCCCCCAAAAAAAAAAAUUGACCACAAAAUCCUUGUAUUACUUAUAUAAAGUGUGAUGCAGGAGUUUUCAAAAUAACAGAAUGGAACAUUAGAGUGAAAAGCACGUCAAAGUGGCUUUUGCAUGCUUGAAGGGUUUUUUUCCCCCUUUCAGCAGCCUCAGAGGAAAUAGUUUGGACACCCCUGACUUGAUGCAACUUUUCGGCCUUCCGUUUCAGCAAUCGCCAUCAGUUUGGCAGCCGGGAAGUGAUCGCGAUUGAUUUUGACUUUGUUUUCCAGCCUUAUGUCAUUUUUAAAACAGACUAUUAACUCUCGCUGUGCCUUCUCCUUUUGUUAUGGAAGCUUUAUAUACUGUAAAUGUUGAAAUUUCAUUUGUUUGUACAACGCAAAUUUGUGGAAACGCCCCAGUUUGAAUGGAUAUCCGGAUGUUUUAUUUACUGCAUGUGCAAGGACAUCCCAAUAAAUUAUAU